AUGUCCGUUGCUGAAAAGAAAAUGCCUGCGCUGCAAUGGGGUCAAGAUUACCAGCCUUCUGUCACCCAGCUGCAGCUGCAUAUUUUCCAGGCAGUGAAUCUUUUACAAAGUGUCGACCCGUACAUUAUCUGCAUCUACGAUCACAGUGAGGCAUUCCUAGAACGCGAACGAGCAAUGAUUUCCAUGAGAACAACAGCACAAGACCGGCAGGAGAAGGAGCAGCCGGCGUCCUUGCACCAUUCCCGCAGUUAUCGAUGGGAUGCUUUUCAAUUAUUCGAUGUACGUGACACUUCAUUACCUGUCGAAAUCUACAUUUUCGACCGGGUAAAUUCCGACACUUUUCUUGGCCGAGCUCGAUUCUUCCCAUCAGCAGAUAGUCAAAUCACAAAACCAGUCUGGAUAUAUCUCGAGGGCCGAGACAACCUCGAGGAGGUCUCCGGGAGAUUGGAAGUCGACGCAUGGUUCUUAAAUAGUUGGCCUAAACUAUGUAAGGAGGACUUCGUUCACUCGAAUCUCUCAGCCACACCGAAUGUCUGUUUGAAAUUGGACACCGGCUUAGAAUUUGUCUUGACGAGUAUUGGAUAUUACGACGCCCCAAAUCUGACUCUUCGCAACAACACUCGACCCGAUGGCUUCGUUUGUCCACUAAAAGCGAUAUUCCGUCAAACAGACAGUAUUAACUUUCUCGGCCAUAUCGCUUUCAGGGACUUCAACCUUUGUGCAGUGGAGACUUCUAAAGACGUUGAAACCCUGGAAUAUUUGGAGUACAUGGCGCCAGAAAUUUUGCGUGCUGAAUGCUGUCACCCGCACACCAUUUUUUGGAGCCUUGCAGUUGUUGUGUUUAAGAUUUGCUGCUCCUGGACCCCUUUUACGGCGCUCGCUGAGGACACGCUUGAAGUAGUCGAAAAUAUUUGCCGAAAGCAAGUCCACUUUCCUCCGAAUCUACUUGGAAACGUUGGAAAAGACCUAGUCGAGAGCCUGCUGAUCAAGGAUCCAAAGAAGCGACUUGGGGCAACGCAUGGGAUAGAAGAUGUGAAAAGUCAUCCAUUUUUUGCAGAAAUUGACUGGGUGAAGCUUCGGAGGCGAGACACAAUCCCACCUUUUAAGCCCAGACCCCCUAUCAAGUUUGCGAACCGAGAAUUUGGUUCGCCGCCUGAACUAAAGACAUCCGCACGUCGAGAAGAUGAAGAUAUCCAUAUCCCACACAGUUUCGAGCUUCCGAAUGGAAGCUUGUCAUCCUAUAAAUCAGCAGAAUCCAGCUUUAGGCCAUCAUCAGUCUAUGGAACACCGGCGUCAUAUCCAGAUAUUUGGUCCAGAGGAAGCGCUCCAUCUGUCGGGAGUUUUCUCAAGCAGAUGUUUGCGACGAAAGAAGAAAAAGAACGGCGGCUAAAGCCUGAAUUCCUAGAUCUUGUCCGCGAGAGAGGUCUGCAACUUCCGCUCUCCGAAGAAAUAAAUUGGUCUGGGCGAGGACAGCAUGUGGAAUUUAAAAUCGCACAAGAAAUACCGUUGAGAGAACUGAAUGCUAUUGGCCAUGGAGGUUCAGCCAUAGUGGACAGUGUGUUGUGUAGACGAGUCAAGCUUGCGAGGAAAACAAUGAUGUGUACACGGAGACAGAAAUUGGAGACAAUGAUUAAUGAGGUGGAACACUUGCAAUCACUUCGGCAUCCGCACAUUAUACAGCUCGUUGGCAGCUACUUGCAAGGCAGGAAGUUCGCGAUACUUCUGUAUCCAGUAGCUCAAUGGAACCUAUCGACGUUCCUCGAGCUCUGUUAUGCAUAUGAUACUGAAACGGGGCAGGAAACGGUAGGCGGACAGGCUAUUUCAUUUAAGUUGCGAGCUCUACCAGGAUUAUUUCAAUGCAUCAUGCAUGCUAUGGCCUAUAUUCACGCAAACACGAUUAAGCACAUGGAUAUGAAACCGCAAAACAUUCUCGUGCGUGCUAACGUGAAGAAUGAGAGCUUAUUCACGGUCUAUAUCGCAGACUUUGGAAUCAGCAAGAAAUUUGCUGCCGACGAGCUGUCUCGAACUGACAGCUUGAUUGCCUUGACGAGAAAAUAUUGCGCCCCUGAAGUUCACGACGGAGAACCACGGGGAAGAGCCGCCGAUAUCUUUUCACUCGGCUGUGUCUUUCUCGAAAUUGCCACGAUUAUUCAAUCUUGCUCUGUCGACGAGUUUGCUGAGUUUCGUUCUCAUCGUACUAACCCGCGAGACUUCAACGAUGACGAGUCAUAUCAUGCGAAUCUGGACAAUGUUUCAAGAUGGAUUGACAAACUCCGCGCAAUACCGCAACUGGGAUUUACACGGAGAGAUGGAAUAGUAGAAAAGCUGGACCUUAUGCAACAGAUGGUGAAAUGGAAUCCAGAUGAGAGACCAACUGCCUCGCAAGUGCUCGACCGGUUGGGCGGGCCUAGAGACUGCUGUGAAAAGGAGCGAGAAACGUACGUGAUUGAAGAGCCCUCGCAAAACGAGCCAGUGUACUGA